AUGUCAACGGGCAAUCCCGAUAAGACUAAAACUAGACUGUCCGUGCCCUCUACUAGCGCCGCUAGAGUUUCGCCUAACCCCCCUGUGCCUAGAUCCAAGAAGGACUCGGCUCUUCGUGCAUCCAGCACAUCACCGAUCCCCGCACGGUCAGCUAGUGUUUCGCCCACUUCCGGCACCAAGCCUCUGAUCCUCGUGACCAAACCUCCGUCGGUUCCUUCGACCAGGGCUGCUUCCGUCCCAGUUCCUCGGCUGCCAAUUGUUACGCGUUCUCACAGCAAAAUGGCACACAAUGUGGUAGACUCGGCAUUGAAUAAGUUCAUUGCCGCGACGGACCGUGUCAGUCACUUUGCGUCGCGACUUAACAAUGCUUCUACUGACAGCGCGUCCCUGUACACGUGCCAGGUCCGGAGGGACCAGAUGCGUGCCUUGUGGGACAAGGUCGAGAAGGAGUACGAGGCUUGCUCCUGCGUCAUGUCGGAUGAAAUGACGACAGACGAGUUGCCUACCAUUCAGGCAAAAUAUGAUUACUGCUAUAUUCUCUAUGAGCAGUGGUCCGCUCAGCUAAGUGAGCAAAUAGCUGAUGCCUCCCAGGCCAUCACUCCCCGUACACCCGUACAACCCCAAGCCGUGCCGUUCGUGUCCACAGGGUGUCGCCUACCUCCGUGCGACACCGAAGUUUUCGGAGGCGAUUACACUCGCUGGCCCACCUUCCGAGACUUAUUCACGGCUAUCUACAUCCGAAAUCCUAGACUUCAGCUGCGUAUCCUUUUCAAUUUGCCCGCCAUUGGGCAAGAGUCGGGUGCAGCCAUUCAAGGUUUGCAGAGCACCAUCCAAGGGUGCUUGACGGCCUUAGAGCACUCAAAGAUCAACACGGAGAAUUGGGAUUGCAUCCUGGUUUUCCUGUGUUCUUCGAGGCUCCCCAAAUUGACCCUUUCUCUUUGGGAACAGUCCAUCCAGAAUAAGAGCGACGUUCCAACGUGGGCUGACAUGAACGCUUUCCUUCUAGAGCGGUAUCGCACCCUAAAAGCGAUAGCGGAAGUGUCAGCCAGCACGAGCGCUCCGACGGUUCCGCGUGCCUCACGCAAGGAGGCCCCCGUCGCCAAGCAGGUAAACUCCUUUGAGAGUCGGGUAACUUCAAAAACCCAGUCCUGCAAGUUGUGUUCCCGGGAGAAUCACCCGAUUCGUUUGUGCCCUCGUUUCCUCCAGAUGGGUAUCAACGAUAGGGUCAAUUAUAUAAAGCAACAGAAGCUGUGUCUCAAUUGUUUCGCACGAGGCCAUAUCCUGGCUGAGUGCACAAGUGCGCACAGCUGCUUUACCUGCAAGGGUCGUCAUCAUACACUCUUGCAUCGAUCAGCUAACGUCCAAUCUUUCGUGGCAGUUAACACACAAGGUGUUCUGCUCAGCACAGCUGUCAUUCACGUAUGCCAUCUCGGCGUCCGUUAUACAGCUCGGGCUCUGAUCGACUCCGGAUCAGAAGCCACCUUCCUCUCAGAGAAGUUGUUCAAGCGCUUGAGGAUGCCGUAUACAUCCGUGCAAGCCCGCGUUUCUGGGCUGACGCAAGCUGUGGCAGCCCAGCCCCGAAAGUUUUGCCAAUUCUUAAUUGGCUCCCCGGUCAGACCCGAUUUGCAGAUCGAGGCGUCGGCCAUCCAGCUGGCAGACCCCAAAUUCUAUGAGAGUUCGCAGAUUGAUGUGCUACUAGGCGCUGACAUCCUCCCGUCCAUUCUGCUCGGCGGCUCUCACCCUAACUUUUGUGGGACCCUCCUCGGUCAAGAGACCAUUUUCGGUUGGAUCCUGACUGGCCCUGUGUCGGGAUCCAUUUCAAAAUCCAUUUCGUCCUUUUCAGCUCGACUGUCCGUCGAGCGAACUCCGCCAUUGGAGGAACUCCUCUCCAAAUUUUGGGAGGUGGAGGACCUGCCGGCUAGCCCAGCAAAAGAAUCUGACCUUUUUUGUGAGGCUAACUUCAACGCCACGACCGUGCGAACCUCAACGGGUCGCUACAUGGUCACGCUCCCAUUCCGCGAUCCUGGUCACGUUGACCUGGGUCACUCGAGGGCUAUCGCUCUCGCUCAGUUCCUGAGAAACGAGAGCCGUUUAAAGAGGAACGACUCUCUGAAGGAACAAUAUGACUCCGUUAUUCAAGAGUAUCUGGAUUUGGGUCACAUGACUCAAGUCCCCCCAUCCAGUUCCGGCAACUACUAUUUGCCGCACCACGCUGUUCUCAAGCCCGACAGCACCACCACAAAGCUCCGCGUUGUAUUCAACGCCUCCAGCCCGACUUCAAACGGGAAGAGUCUGAACGACAUCCUCCACACUGGGCCAAUCCUUCAAUCCGACCUGACCAUUCAAAUCCUGAAAUGGAGGUUUUCAAACGAGAAGUUAUGCGACUUUGAACUCAACACAGUCACCUUUGGAGUGAACUGUGCUCCGUACCUGGCUAUCCGCGUUCUGCAUCAGCUUGCGAGUGAUGUUCGCGACCGGUACCCCCUUGCUAGUGACAUCAUCGCCAAUUAUAUGUACGUUGAUGACGUCCUAGCAGGAGCUCACACUAAGCAGGCUGCGGUGUCGGCUAUAGAUGAGCUUCGAACAGCGCUCGAGAGUGCUGGGUUCCCUUUGCGUAAGUGGACCUCGAACUCGAAAGAUGUGCUGAGAAGAAUCCCUAAGGAUCACUUGCUCUGUGCAGACUUCCUCGAGAUCGACGAAGCUAGUGUCGCAAAGACGCUAGGCAUUCGUUGGCGGGCCACGUCCGACGAGUUCUUUUUCGUCACCGCCGAGAUGGUGUCCAAACCAUCUUUCAGUAAGAGAGAAGUGCUGUCGCAGAUCGCCAAGUUGUUCGAUCCUGCAGGUUGGCUUGCUCCUGUGGUCAUUUGGGCCAAGAUUUUUAUGCAAGAAAUCUGGAAGCAAGAAAUCGGCUGGGACGACUCCUUACCGGCGGAUCUCACAGAGCAGUGGAUCAGUUUUCUGCGGAACUAUUCGUCCUUGCAGGACAUCCGCAUUCCUAGAUGGACCAACUACGCUCCCGGCGCAAAAAUCCAAUUCCACGGGUUUUGCGACGCCUCUCAAAGCGCGUAUGGAGCCGCUCUUUACGCACGUGUGGAAACAGGUGGACAAGUGUCUGUGAGCCUUCUAGCAGCGAAGACUAGAGUUGCACCUAUCAAGACGGUCUCUCUACCUCGUCUUGAGCUGUGCGGAGCUCUCCUGUUGGCAGAAUUAUCCGCCGCCCUCCUACCACAUUUUCCCACCCCCGACGCUGAGACGUACCUGUGGACAGAUUCCACUAUCGUUCUGGCAUGGUUGGACAAGCAGCCAUGCAAGUGGACCACUUUCGUGGCGAACCGAGUGGCCAAGAUUCACUCGGUGAAUGGCACUUGGCAGCAUGUUCGUUCCGAACACAAUCCAGCCGACCUGGCAAGCCGCGGUGUCUCGCCGCAAGAGCUACUGGGCAGUCGCCUUUGGUGGCAGGGGCCCGAAUGGCUGACGCACUCACCAGCGCAGUGGCCUUCACCGGUCAUUGGGCUCGAUACUGAAUUGGAGUGUCGAGCGGUGAAGGUCCAUGCAGCGCAAGUCCUAUGUGAGGACUUCCUCGACCGUUUCUCCAGGUUCGAUCGAGCGCUCCGAGUGUUUGCGUAUGUGCGAAGGUUUGCCCAGCGUUGCCGCCAACCCAAGGUCUCGUUUCCAGAGACGCUCAGCUCUCAAGAGCUUGCAGAAGCUCAAGAGAGGCUGAUUGUACAGGCUCAGAAUCGGGUAUACGCGAAAGAGUCAAGGUGUCCUGCGUUCGUGUGGACGCGUAAGAGCGUCCACCUCCUUAUCCUACGACGAACGGCAUCCAAUAAUUCUCCCGUUCGGCUGCGUGUUCUCACGCCUCCUGGUUUCCUUCACGCAUCAAGUCUCCCUCCAUGGAGGCAACCAAUUGGUGAUGCGGCUGGUCCGAACAAGUUCUGGAUUCCCAAGCUAAGGAACUUGGUGAAGACAGUGAUUAGUGCAUGCAAGACCUGUGUGAUUCAUCGCCGCAAGCUCCAGUCGCAGUUGAUGGGUGAUCUCCCAAGCGCCCGGUCGACUUUUCGCGACCUUUCACUAACUCCGGGUAGACUUCGCCGGUCCUUCGACGUCAAGAGCUACGUCGGACGGGGCUGCAAGAUUACGAAGGGUUACGUAUGUGUCUUCGUGUGCUUCAGCACGAAGGCAAUCCAUCUUGAGGCGACCACGGAUCUGACAGCGGAAAAGUUCUUGGAAGCUUUCUCCCGAUUCGUGGCACGGCGCGGGUGCCCUCUCCACAUGUACUCUGACAACGGGAAAACGUUCGUCGGAGCCUCCUCCAUUCUCUCCAAAGAAUUUGUGGAGAGCACCCGCAACCUGAUUGUCACCACUCACAGCCAUCAAGGUCUUGCAUGGCAUUUCAACCCACCUGGUGCCCCUCACAUGGGGGGUCUCUGGGAAGCGGGCGUCAAGAGCUUCAAGACGCAUUUCUACAAGACGGUUUCCUCCGUAAAACAUACGUUCGAGGAGCUUUCCACCCUCCUAUCUAAAAUUGAAGCGUGCCUCAAUUCGCGGCCUUUGACUCCUAUGUCAGAGGAUGUGAGCGACUUGGCGGCACUUACUCCCGGUCAUUUCCUGAUCGGGGGUCCGCUACUCUCCAUGGCGGAGCCAGAGUCCAGAGAGGAUGUGGAGUCCAUCCGCAACCGCUGGCAACGGCUCAAGGCUCUCCAUCAGCAUUUCUGUGUGCGAUGGAAGAACGAAUAUCUGAAGGAAUUGCAUAAGCGGAAUAAGUGGCAGUCACCUUCACGCGAUCUCCAAAUCGGUGACAUGGUGGUCAUCAGAGAGGAGAAUAUACCGCCACAAGAAUGGCGCCUCGGGCGUGUGCUGACCGCUUGCCCAGGCGCUGAUGAAAGGGUCCGUGUGGUUGACAUCCAGACGUGUCGUGGUGUUUUCCGCCGACCAGUUGCAAAGCUGGUCCUCCUUCCUACGGGACACGCGCUCUGA